UGCCUGCUGAUCGUAGGUAAUAAUUAAAAUGACAGUUUGAGAUGAUCUAUUUUCUGACUGAAUGCUGACGAGGUCUGUUUGCCAACUUGUUUACCGUCAUGCCUUCUGUUUGGCUUUUAAGAACUGGCACGGCUGAGAGUCUCUACACCAACUGCUCAGCAGGAGUGAGGGUUUGAAGGUGUCCCAUGCUGUUGGGACUGGAGAGUUCUGAGCUCUGGUGGGCGCUAGGUUUGUUUGUACUGAAUGUAAUCCACCUGUCAUAUUCUCUUUGCAUUUGGGCUAAGAAUGGGUCCGAGAACUGAUUGGUUGCCUAGAAAACUUAGAGGACCACGCAACUCCGGUUCACUAGUAAAUGUUGAGGGUUUCAAAUUUCAGCCUCAUCUUGUGCGAUUGAUAAGAGGACAGAGAAAUUGAAGCUCAGAAUAGCAUAGAUUUGCUAUCGGCAGAAAGCGCCCACCGACCUUGGAGGUCUCCACCCCACUCCUGACUCGGUCUCAGCCAACAGGGAAGAUGACACCAUAGGCGAGGACAGGGCCUGCGACAUACGGAGGACUCCUAUUGGCAGAAGCCACCUUCUCCACUUCACUAUUGGUCCGCUCCAUCGGGCGGGGAAGCGCGAGAGCUGAGCGGAACUGGGGCUAUUAGGGAGCCUGCAGGUCUUCCUGGAAAGUCGCAAGCCUGUGUUAGGAAGUCGCCCCGCGAUCGCGCCGCCAGGGGUUUUUCUGUUCCUUUGUCCUCCGUUUAUGUACGAAGCUGCCAGCGGCCCAUAGAAACAUGACCACCAAUAUGGUCCCCUUGCACCCGUACUGGCCUAGGCACCUGAAGCUGGACAACUUCGUGCCUAAUGACCUCCUGUCUUCGCAUAUCCUGAUUGUCCUAUUCUCCAUCUCCGGGGGCCUAAUCGUGAUCACGUGGCUGUUGUCUAGCCGAGCUUCCGUUGUCCCACUUGGAGCUGGGCGGCGACUGGCCUUGUGCUGGUUUGUUGUGUGUACCUUCAUUCACCUUGUGAUCGAGGGCUGGUUCUCUCUCUACCAUGACAUCCUUCUGGAAGACCAAGCCUUCUUAUCCCAACUCUGGAAAGAGUAUUCCAAGGGAGACAGCCGAUAUAUCCUUAGUGACAACUUCAUCGUCAGUAUGGAGACUGUCACAGCUUGUCUCUGGGGACCACUCAGCCUAUGGGUAGUGAUUGCCUUUCUCCGCCAGCAACCCUUCCGCUUUGUCCUACAGCUUGUGGUGUCUAUGGGCCAGAUAUACGGGGAUGUGCUGUACUUCCUGACAGAGCUACGCGAUGGAUUCCAGCAUGGGGAGCUAGGCCACCCUGUUUAUUUCUGGUUCUAUUUUGUUGUCAUGAAUGCUAUAUGGUUGGUGGUACCAAGCAUCCUUGUGCUUGAUGCCAUAAAGCAUCUCACUAGUGCCCAGAGCAUGCUGGACAGCAAAGUCACGAAAAUUAAGAGCAAGCAUAACUAAAGAGCCAGAAGGUGGGCUGAGUCCCUGCUCAUGAGGCGCUCUCCUCACUUCCCAGAAGACUCAAAUCCUCUUCCCCCUCGCACAGGUUGGAGGGUCAGAACUAUCGGACUUGUACCACUCAGACCUGAUGAGUGAGCACACAAAGGGCCAGAGUCAGAAAAGGUAGGGAACAAGCUGAGCUACUGCCAGGAACCAGAGGGAAAAGAUGGAAGAGAAGGUGGCAAGUCCGUGAUGGUGGCAACUUCCAAAACCAGGAAAUAAAAUGUCUUUAACUAUAACA